AUGAAGCGGCGUUCCAAUGUCCGGAAAAAUGUCGCUCAAUUUCUGGAUGUAGAAGCGGGAGUUGACGAUGGCGAGGAGGCGGACUCCGGCGAGGAAGAGUCUGAACAAGAACUAGACAACGAGUUUCUCGAUGAACAGGAAGUCGACGGAGUAGACGUCCACCCUCGGUCGCUGGAUGAAUAUGCUCAAAUGAACGACGAAGCUCUAGAGGCGUUACUACUGCGAUCCAAGGAAAGAAGCCUUGCGGAAUCAAACCGACGAAAAUCAAACUGUGUAGACGCAGCAGAUGAUAUAUUUUCUCCCAGUUUUUUGCCUGUAUUAACUGAAGCGGAUUUUCCCCUGUGGAAGGUGACUUGUCGCGUUGGCAGGGAAGAAUUGGCUAUUGCAUCUUUACUAUUAAAUGCUCAGGACAAGCACAAAAUUCGAUCUGCUUUUUCUGUUGAGAGGAUGAAGGGAUGUAUAUUUUUGGAAACACUUUGGAAUCCCAAUACCGUCGAUCUGUUGAAGAAGACUCCGGGCGUUUUGGUAACAAAGCGAGGCGUACAACAAUCAUUAGUUUUGCCUGACGAUUACCGAGAAAUACUUCGGGGACAAGGCAAAAUCUCACCCCCAAAACGUGGAUCCUGGGUCACCGUCUCAAAAGGGAGGCUUGUACGCCUGUUAAUGCUUCCUCGUCUUCCCUUACCCGGUGCAAGCAGGGUCACCAAAAGAAGGAAGACAGACCAUUCUGGAGAUUCUGUUCUUUGGUCGAAGACGCAAUGGACGGAGUGGUUGAAUUCUCAAGGGCGCUCCCAUCAGGUCGUAGAGCAUACGGAACACUGCUGGCAAAUAGGGAAUACUCUUUUCGAACAUGGACUGAUGAUUCAGGACAUUGGACAGGAUUCUAUCGAUGUCGUCGUCGAGGAAAUGCCCUUUCGUUACUUCCGGCUUUUUCAACAAUCUACGCACAGCUCCCUGGACUCCUCAUACAUGCUACGUCCCACCGAGUGGAAAUUUGAACCUGGAGAGGCCAUUCUGGCGGCAAGUAUUGAAGGAUCGCAAUCUAGAGAAGCCUCUGUAGUCGCUAUCCAUCCGUACUAUUUAGAGGUGGCAUACACAACCCAUGAUUCGCAUAAUAUCGCAGAUACCUCGCUGAGCGGGGAAAAUCAGGGCGUUGAAGGUUGGCUAAUUGCGAAAACAAAUGAGGCGGUCGUGAUAGGACUUUUCGACUCGGACCUUCUGACAAUCCCAAGUUUGCAAGUCUUGGACAAUAUACAGACAAUAGAAGCGCCUAUAAACUGGGUGCAUGUUUCAAAAGCUCCUUUUCAACAUCGGAUGAAAGAAAACAAGAAAAAGAAAGUUGAAAUCCCUUCUGAGGCUCGUCAUUUUUGGUGUGAUACAGAAGUUUUGAUAUCAAAACAGCAUCAUCCUAUGAAAACUCGCCGAGGCAAAGUGGUGGACGUUUCGCCUUCCGCUGAUUCUAUACAAAACAUGAGAGUGCUAGUAGAGCUAUUAGACUACCACGCAGCCUGUCCUUUUCAAAAAAUCCUUUUAAAUUACGGCGACGUUGUUGACGCAAGGACGCUUUUGCCUCUUGGAGAUCGACAUGCCUUUGAUGGGAUGCCUACCCUUCUUAAUAACCCUGACAGAUCUGUCGACACUCUAUCACAGUCUGCUGAACGAUCUGGUACCCCUAUUCCAACCAGCCCAAUCGCCGACGGGCAAUGGGAUCCUUCAGCACCGUUACCCCACAAUCCUCAAUCCUCAAUGUCGCCCUCGGAAUACUCUCAUCCCUCCCACGUUCUAUUCAAAGAAAUGCUGGUGGGACAGAAAGUCGCCGUCUAUAUCAAAGGGGGUUCAUUCAAAGAUUCCAAACGACAUUACUUCGUAACUAUCGCUCGAGACGAAAGAAACCAUUUCACAUUGCUUUUGCUGCGCCAAAAAAGGCCUUCAAUGACUCUACAGCCAGAAUGGGUUACGCCAAAGCAUCCCAGCGGGACUCACACUAACGACCUGCUGUUUGUUGUUGAUGGAGAGAACCAACACCAAUUUGUUCGCCGGAUCGCUCAGCGAGACUUAGUGAACCAAUCCCCUAUCCUUUUAGUCAAUCCGGUAAUGAGGAGGGAAGGGCAAUCCGAUAUUUUAUGCGGGGUUCCUUUUGAGGUAGAAUCUACUGCGACCAUCCCACCGCCUGGACCUUCAGCUGCCGCCCGCCAGAUCCUCAAUGACAUAAAAAAAGAUGACCUGAUUGUUUCUUGUAUCAAGGCCCUUGAGAUUUCUUUUGACCUCUCAAGGCUUGCACCACGUCGCAGCCGGGCAUAUAUUUUGGUCAUGGUUCUAAUUUCAACAUUCCUUCUGGCUGUAUCAGAGGUGGCUGAGAGGUCUGAAGGUCGGCGCUAUACCCUGGAAUCUUUCAAUUUUCUCCAACGUGCAACCCGUGAAGCUCGACAAGCAGUUGCUAUGGAUGUGGCUCAACAUUGCGACCAAACUCGCGUCGAUGUCCCAACACCUGAGUCAAACACCUUUCCCGUCCUCUCAAAUCGUAAUGAUUCCCACUUCCAAUAUCAGUUACUCAAUCUGGCAAUGACCUGCGAUACGGUUUUUGGUCUUACCAGGGCGGCAAAUGCGCUCCACAACCUCUUGUUGGAGAACUCUGGGAUUCUCGAAGAACGUAUUAUAACUUGCAGUCGAUCCAUGGUCGAAGAAGCGGCUGAAUUCGCGGAUAACGACGUUUUUGAACUUGCCACUAUCCUUGCUGCUAUCCCCUCGGUCAACUUUCAUUUGAAUAUGGAUCUAAUUCAAGAUGCAGCACGUGCCGUCUAUGUCGCAGCUGGUCUACGCCGAGACCUAGAUGAAGCGUUGAAAAUAUGCAGCUUGGCCUUGACAAAAAAAGAGUGA